CUUGAGGAGCAUUGCAAGCAGAAGGUAGCUAGUGUGCAAGGAAACAAUAUUACCAUUGCAAGAGAUGUUUUAUUUACAAUGGAAAGGAUUGUUAAAGAGCUCAACAACUUAUGUGUUCGCACUGGGACCUACAUGACUUUAUUUGUUGUUCACAGACAUGUCAAUGACACCAUUCAAAGCUCGAUGCAUGGGACUAAUAAUUCAGAAGACUUCUGGGAGGAUCAAUGUCAGCAACAUAAAUUCAUGUGUUUAACCCUUUUCACAGUUUUGGUGACCAGCAAGAAAGAUAUUGCUAUGAACUACAAGAACUACAAGACUGCCGUCAGUGAAACCUAUGCUGUCCAGCUGAUAGGAUGGCCCUCCAGCAUUGACUUCAUCAGUCCUUCAAAUAUCAGGAUUAUUGAUGAGAUUCGCAAGCUUUGUGAUGCUCUCAAGGCUCGAACAUGCUACUGGGCUCUGCUUACACCAGCCAAAAUCAAAGCUCACACAGCAGAACUGGACACGCACCAUUCUGCAGGUGAAGUGGUUCAGCAGCCACACAAAAAG